UUAGUUUGUCAUCGUGUUGAAGUGCACAACAAAACACGUAUUUCUUUUAAUCCAGAUCCAGAAGAGAAAAAGUCAGUCAUUUCAAAAGUUAAUUAUUUAGGUCUAUGAAAAAGCAGGAAGAUGGUGUUCUCACUAGUGGAAUUUAAGCUUAACAACAAAAUUCUAGUGAUAACUUUGCUCGCAUUGCUGGGCGACACAGCUAGAGCUCAUGACCCGAAAGGCUUCGACGACACCGUCCUUCAUACAAUAGCCUGGCACGGUAAAGAUGAUCUGCUGACCAACGCUUUGGAGGAUGAAGAGAUUGUUGUAUCGACAUCGAACAAGGAGAAAUAUAAAUGCAUCAUUCCUUCCAUUGCCCCCAAGGAGCUGGACGGAGAAAUCCAAUACAGUGGUCCAAGUCCGAUUGACCUGCUGGUUCCUCUGUUCACCCAUUCCUGUUCGUAUAGGAUCGAAAGCUACUGGACCUACGAGGUAUGCCAUGGUAAUUACAUCAAGCAGUACCAUGAAGAACGUCACGAAAAAACGAGCAAAUUGCAAGAAUACUAUCUCGGCAAAUGGGACAAGCAGAAAACGGCCAACCUCAAGGCUCAAUAUGAGAAAUCGGAAGCGGAAGGAGAAAAAAUGAAGUACAAAAAAAUUGAUGGGCUAAAUUUGCCGUAUCUGGAACUGGAGAUGGACUCCGGCACGGUUUGCGACUUGAACGGCGAACCUCGAGUUACGAAAGUGCUCUACGUGUGCUAUCUUCAUGGCAAAAACGAGGUGUACUCUCUGAAGGAAACGUCGACGUGCAACUACGAGAUCAUCAUCCUUACUCCGAUGCUGUGCGGUCACCCGAAGUACAAACCGCAGGACAACGAAGAGAACAAGGUCAACUGUUAUCCGCUGGGCAAUUCACCCAAGAAGCCGAAAAAUUUACUCAUGAUGGAAAUCGAAAGCAUGAAGAUAAAGUAUCAAAAGCUAACGGACGUGCAUAAAAACAUUAAAGACGCUAUUGCUGUCAUUAAUUUUGAUGAGGAUGGCCCCAUCAAAGUGGAGCUAUUUUCCAACGACAUCCCCGUCGUAGACGGCGUGGGACAAAAAGGCCCGACCGAAAGCGAAAUUGGCGAAGAGGACAACACCAGCCCAAUGGAUAGUUUUGCGAAAAAAGCGAGAAAGGCCAAGGAACUUAAACCGUUCGUAGAAUUUUUGGCGGGCGCGUACUGUUUGACCGGGGGUUCAGGCUGGUGGAAGUUUGAACUGUGCUAUGGAAAACACGUGCGACAGUACCACGAUGAUACUUCGAUUUUUCUCGGAUACUUCGACAAGGAAAAACACCUGGAAUGGUUGGAUAAAAAUCCCUCCAUCAGAAAUAAACGCAAGAAUGAAAAUCAGCUGAGCAAUUUCUAUGGCGGAGGAGACAUCUGUGACAAAACCCAGCAACCGAGGCAGGUUGAAGUGAAACUGAAGUGCACCGAACAUUCGUCCAGUUCGAAUGCAAUUUCGCUGUAUUUGCUUGAGCCUCGGCCCUGUGAAUACAUUCUGAAUGUUGAAUCCUCGCAGAUUUGCGAUAUUCUUCCGUACGCCGGGGAUAACAUGAUUCUGACGGAACUGGAAGGAGAAACACUGUACAUUGUCGAUAGCAGUAAUGUUAAUAAUUAAAUAAAUACAAUUCAAAUUCACAAUUCGAA